UACAAACUGCCGUAAAUCUUCUGCAACUGCAGGAAGACCGGAGCCAACUGUAGUCUAUACAAAAAUUGUCGGUUUGUAGCAAAAUAGCUUUUAACAUAAGCAGUCUCCCAGAUGUAAAACAUGCACUGCUGCUAAUCGAACAAGGCUAAACAAUAACAUUGCCUGGAUAAAAUUACUAAUGCGAAUAAACUCGAUUGUGUGUAGCCCCAAAUUGUAGUUGCCGACCCCUCGGCGUUGUAUUGUGGGUAUUGUAGUCCGCGCCCAAUUCGAAAUAACAACGUUUACUAUCAUGUUAUGGCUGCCUGCAGUUGGAUGAUGGUAUGUAGCUAUUCGAUUAGCUAGUUAACUGGGUUUUCCCUGAUAAGCACGCCGAAAACAUGUAUGUAGUGUACAGGACAACGAAAUGCACGGAAUCCGAAAAAACUGCAGAGAAUGUCUGUGGCUGGGCUUCGUGCAGGUGUGGAAUAGACGAGUACGCGGAUGACAGGUAACACCACGGCGGCCGUGGCGAGUGCACAACGCAGACACGGUGGGUCUCCAAGCUACAGACAUUUAUAUGACCUUCUACAGAGGAGACGGUGACUUGAGUUUUUGCUGCCUGCUAAGCCAGGAUAGUCAGACAUAUGGCCACUUCCUUUAGCUAAAAACGCCAUCGGGGACACCGGUGUGCAGCCCGGCGUUCAGUUCAGGAAACGACACUCACACACCAUCCCCAAUCAAAAACAGGAUAUCUAUACGCGUCCGUGACCGCCAUGGGUUUCCUGAGGAUCUUCUCCAGUACCAUGGCGAGGAUGAGCACCUUUAGAUCCUACCAAAUUGUGCUGCUCCUCGCAGCCGCGCUGGCCGUGGUUGCCUUCUACUAUUUCGGUUCGGAGCGGCAUAGUUUCUCCAGCACCACCAAGCGCAUCAGACAGUCCCAGGCCAGCCAGAACGCGAACCGAAACGACGCAGAUCUGUCGCUUGACACCAGACCGGAGCAUCCGGAGCCGAUGCAAGCGGAUGAUACCGCGCUAAGGGGAGACUUGAGCCUCGACGUAGUUGAAUAUCAUGUGCUCAUGAUGUUCACCAAAGUGGACAAGAGCCGGACACUGCAGGAGAAAUUCCGGGUAGCCAUGAAGUCCAUGGCGAAGCACGGAAGUUUCCUGGAUGGGGAAGUGAUUGUGCUUCACUUUGUGAGUGAUGAGGCGAGCCGAGAACUCGGGGAGAAGAUGCUACCGGAACUGCUCAUCGACGCGACCUUCCUGUACCAGGUGGUGUUCCACAGCGUGGGCAGCCUGACGGAGAGGCUCUUCCCCAUCGUGGAGGUGAUGCAGAAGCACUUCAGCGCAGGAUCUGGGGCCUAUUUCAGCGACGCCAUCUUCUUCCUGUCCGUGGCCAUGCACCGCAUCAUGCCUGCAGAGCUGGAGCGCGUUGUGCAGCUGGACCUGGAUCUGAAGUUCCGCAGCAACAUCCGGGAUCUGUUUCAGGAAUUCUCCCGCUUCCCGCCCGGAGCUGUGAUCGGAAUCGCCCCGGAGCUGCAGCCAGUGUACAGGCACAUGUUCUGGCAGUACCGGAAGGAGAACCCCAGCUCCAGGGUGGGGGCGCCCCCUCCUGAGGGCCAGCCGGGGUUCAACAGCGGGGUGAUGCUGCUGGACCUGGGGGCCAUGCGGGGCUCGGCGCUGUACAACGGGCUCCUGGAGCCGGGCCGGGUCGGGGCCCUGGCGGAGCGCUACCACUUCCAGGGCCACCUGGGGGACCAGGACUUCUUCACGGUGGUGGGCAUGGCCCACCCGGAGCUCUUCAGCCCGCUGGCCUGCGGCUGGAACCGGCAGCUCUGCACCUGGUGGAGGGAGCACGGCUACAGCGACGUGUUCCCGCUGUACUACCGCUGCGACGGCCCGGUGCACAUCUACCACGGCAACUGCAACACCUCCAUCCCCGACGACUGAGCGUUGCCGCGGAGACCGCGACGCCUCCAUCCCCGACGACUGAGCGUUGCCGCGGUGACCGCGACGCCUCCAUCCCCGACGACUGAGCGUUACCGCGGAGACCGCGACACCUCCAUCCCCGACGACUGAGCGUUACCGCGGUGACCGCAACACCUCCAUCCCCGACGACUUACCGUUACCGCGGAGACCGCAACGCCUCCAUCCCCAACAACUGAGCGUUACCGUGGAGACCGCAACACGUCCAUCCCCAACGACUGAGCGUUACCAUGGGGACUGUAAUUCAAAUGCCCAAUGAUUGUCAUUACCAUGGCUACAUUCCUGCCACCAAGGAUCAACGACCCAUUACCAUGCAAAAUGCACAUGCCCAACAUCUAACAGCAUGACUGAUGACUGAUGACUGAACACAUUACCCCGGCAACUACAACAAACGCAUCUCUGACGCUCUCUGUUGCCGUCAGCACCACAUUACCCUGACGGUCUGAGGAGGUUAAAGUGAGCAGGGUUUAACAUCGCUCUGGAGAGUAUACAUUACUGGGCCCAGGAGUUCCAUCUCUGGGGCUUUUAGGUGCCAGGUUUUAAACACACCUGGGCACUGUUCCCCUGACAGUGUGCAGGCCAGACCAGCAGGCCUCAAAUUCAGGUCAUCAAACCUGAACAGUUCUUUAAUUCACCAAACCAAAAAUCGGCUAAAAAAACGUUGGGAUUGAAAUGAGAUGUUUGUAAGCUCUGAUGACUGAGUGUUCGUGUUUAACGCGGGUGCCUCGAGAGUUCCAUCCCCGCGGGUCUUCCAUUGCAUCUUCCUACUUUUAUCAAACUGUCAGUCACAGCCAGAGAUGGGCGGGGAGUGACAAGCAGGGUUGUGAUUGGCUGGACCGCGUCGCUUGGCGCGGGCCUGGAGUCAGGACUCGGUGGGUUUACGGUGCUGGCGCAGGUCGGUGAGCGGAGUGAUGUUUCCCAUCGCCUCGUCUCUGUCUUCUCUCACCGCUAAUCCUCCCGUGGGAGUCAGGGGUUUGGCUCUUCGCCCGUUUAUCUCUCCCGCUGCGCUCCCUCUUGCUCUCACGCGCACGGUCGCGUCCUGUCUCAGCCUGGUUUUACACACCGGAGGUGCGCUACAGUGUGGGAACCACUCCUGAGAACUUCAGCAGGGGUGUCCAGUCUGGUGUGGGUGCAGGUCUCUGUGUUAGGCCCUGCAAUAAGACACGAGAUUAAACAAAUGACCUCUUCCUGGUCUUCAGUCAACACCUGAGGUGUGUUAGAAUCAGGUGUGUUAGAAUCAGGUGUGUUAGGAUCAGGUGUGUUAGAAUCAGGUGUGUUAGGAUCAGGUGUGUUAGAAUCAGGUGUGUUAGGAUCAGGUGUGUUAGAAUCAGGUGUGUUAGGAUCAGGUGUGUUAGGAUCAGGUGUGUUAGGAUCAGGUGUGUUAGAAUCAGGUGUGUUAGGAUCAGGUGUGUUAGGAUCAGGUGUGUUAGGAUCAGGUGUGUUAGGAUCAGGUGUGUUAGGAUCAGGUGUGUUCGUGCUGGGCUAGCGCAGAUACCUGCACCCACAUCAGCCCUCUCAGGCUAAGACUGGCCACCCCUGCCCUACAGUGUUUGAGAAUUUCACUCAUCUUUUAUCUUUUCAUUUGAUUGUAUGUGGGAACAAUGGAGUGCAUUUUGAUUUGCAUAAAUAAUCAGUAUUAUAAUAAAGGGCUAUAUUCCAGUGCCAACCGCCAACCCCCCCCUCUCUCUCUGCAUGUCCAAUUGGGGGCGGACGUUGAAAGAUUGUAUUCCCUGCUUUAAGGGCGUCUACAUGGACGUUGGAGGCUGGUGGUGGUGCAGAUACACACACACGCACACACACACACACACACACACACACACACACACGCAGGGCAUGCAGAAUGUCGUGUUUGGCCUGUUCCCACUCAUCGAUCGACAGGCCGGUCGAUCUGAGAAGGUUCCGGUGAAUCUCCCCGGGACUCUUUCCAAAGGAGUGUGACAAUGGCAGCGAUACUCAGCGACAUGCCAAUCAAAGCGGGAGAAACCCGGCGCUGAUGUUCUCCUCUCCAGCUCAGUUCACUCCAGUUCACUGCCACGGGGCCAGCUCAGCGGUGUAUUUUUGUGAUACAAAGAAUCUUCAUUAUGCGAGUUCAUCGAUGCGUCAGGGAGCGCUCUUGGAAUUCCUGUCGGAAUUUACUGCCGGUAAACUUCGAGUUCCGCUUUAACGGGACAAAGGAGGAGAUUCAAUCAAUCAAUCGACCCUUGAAAAAGCCCGAUCACUGCAAGGACGACGGGUCCGUCGUUUAAGCAAGGCGCAGUAGAUCUGUGCAGUAGGGGCGCCCUGUAGCGUAGUGGUUAAGGUACAUGACUGGGACACGCAAGGUCGGUGGUUCUAAUCCCGGUGUAGCCACAAUAAGAUCCGCACAGGCCUUGAGCAAGGCCCUUAACCCUGCGUUGCUCCAGGGGAGGAUUCUCUCUAAUCAACUGUAAGUCGCUCUGGAUAGGAGUGUCUGCCAAAUGCUAAUAAUGUAAUGUAAUGUAAUGUGCUGGGAACAGGGCAUACAUGAACCGCACUAUCUACAGUGUGUGUGUGUGUGUGUGUGUGUGUGUGUGUGUGUGUGUGUGUGAGACUAACUCCACCCACCAAACCACACAGAGGAACUAACUACACCCACCAAACCGCACAGAGAGGAACUAACUCCACCCACCAAACCACACAGAGAGGAACUAACUACACCCACUAAACCACACAGAGGAACUAACUACACCCACUAAACCACACAGAGGAACUAACUCCACCCACCGAAUGUUCCGCAGGCUUUGGAAUUGCAGCACAUUUUAUCCAUAAGCUGGUUUUUGGUUUUCAGUCAUAUUUGUGCUUGCUUUUGGAUAAGUAAUGCAUGCCAAUAUAUAGUCAUUUUUUGUAAGGAUACCGAUAUCAUUGCAUGCCUGGUGUCUUUAAAACGCACUGUGACUUUAGGGUUUACACGAUGAAUUCCAAUUCAAACUCUCAAAUUCCACUAAGUAAUGUCUUAUUUCUUAUUUUCUGUCCACUGUUUAUGCCUCACAUUCCCUCUCACAAAAACCCUAAAUGUUGAUGUUUUGGUCGAUACCACUUUUUCCACAUUGAUUUCUGUGCAGAAUGCACCUGGUCAAGGCCGUGUUUUUGUACACUGUGAACGCAAUAAACACUCGUUUCUGCCACUGAAAUGAGUCCAACGGGCUUCAGGUGAUUGAGGAAUCUGUUAAACUGUGGAAAUAUUUAAAAAUGUACUCUGAAAUUAAAGAAGGUAAGAGGUAAA